CUACAGUCCACGCUGUCACCACGACUGUUCACAGCAGGGACACAACACUCACCUCUAAACUUGUGGACUGCCAACAUGGUUCUCUUGGUGAUGAUUUUUGCUGCGGCUGUCAUGGACUCUGUUUCUGGAAGACCUCCAGCACUAGCUCCUCUCCCUAUGAAAGACGGCUGCUACCUGGUGUCUCCAGAGUUGAGGGUGUUCAGAUUGGAGGGUGAGGCCAUAAUACUCACUUUCCCAAUGUUCAUGAGUGUGCUAAAAAAACGCAAGCUUGCCCCACCAACAGCAAAGUACCUCAUCACCAAGAGCAAUGGGACAGAGGCUGUGCCCUUUCAUGGCGAGGGGCGCAUCCAGCAGCAUGGCAAACAGCUGUGGUUCCUCCCAGCUCAGGCUUCAGAUUCAGGGGAAUAUAUCUGCACCUACAGGAAUCAAAACUACUGUGUAACGGGGAGCAUCUCACUACAAGUGUACAGGUCCAGCUCUGUUGACAUAAAGAACAUAUCAUAUUCAAUCAACCGCACAGUGGGGGAGCCUUUGAAAGUCAGAUGUCCAGAUAUGGAUGACUUUUUCCAGACAGGUGGACUUAUAGAGUGGUACAAGAACUCAAGCCUAACCUCAGAUCAUCCAAACAGAGUCAGCCCUUCUCCCUGGGACACAGGGGUUCUCAUGAUCCCAGCAGUGAAGCGAUACCAUGCAGGUCUUUACACCUGCCAGCUCAGAGUGCUCAUCAACAACCAGCAGUACAAAGUCAGCAGAGCUGUGCUGCUCCAUGUCCAGGGUCUUGAUCCUGUAACCACCACAGUGUCUGAUUCUUCAAAGACCUCUAACCAAGAGCCGUUCAGCAGCAGCUACACCACCGUUCACACUCCUGUAAUUCGACCUCCUGUGAUCAUCUCACCGCUGAAUGGGACCAUUUUUGCAAGUCUGCAUGGUUCAGGCCUGGAGCUGUUUUGCAAAGUGCUCACUGACUGUGAGAUGUCAGAUAACACUCUGGUCACAUGGUGGGUCAACGGCCAAUCAGUGGAGUCAUCAUACCUUGAUAAGCGGGCUCUGCAGGGUGAAAGGAGGGUAACAAAGGUGUCUGAAGGCUGCCAGAUUGAGAUGAGGCUGUUGGUUGUAGCACGGUCAGAGGAAGACACAAAGACAGAGCUGAAGUGCAUCACUCAGAACCAAGGAGGGAGACAGGAAGUUGUUGUGCAGCUUCAACUUGAGGACUCUACAUUUACAUGGAUAGUGGUCGCUGCUGUGGCUGUGUCCUGCUUUUUGACUGUGGUCUCCGUCUUCCUCUACGUCCUCUUCAAACCUAAAAGGAAGAAGAAAAUGGAUUACUUUCUUGCUCGACAGAACAGCACUUUCUAACUCCACAGGUGUACACAUAUCAUCUAUGAAGACCUUAAACUCUGGUUUUCAACAUUCCUUUUAUGAUUUUUAGUGUUACAUUACUACCUGGUGUCCUCCAUAAUCUUACACUUGAUUGACUUUUGCACAAAGAAUUUUUCUUUUAAAUCUGUUGUAUGUUGAUUUUUCUUCUUGCAUCCAUCCAUAAUGGUAUCAGGAUAGUUACUUUUGUCAUUCGGGUAGUACAUAAUACAACUUAAAAUUCAAAAAACAGUAUCUGUGAUAUCUUAGAUUACUUUUAUGCAUUCUGGUACAAAAACUGAGUUGCACUGUUGAAAACUAUUCUUAAUUUACUUUUUACAGUAUACAGGUCAUUGGAGGUCCAGCUUCUAGUUGAUUUACCUGAGUUAGAUUGCCAUACUGUAGUACCUCUCAGUGAACUUUUCUCAAAACUGGAAAAUGUUUUUGUUGAUGUAGACUUUAUGUUGUCCUGUUGCAUUUAAGAGUGUUUAAUCUUCAAAGUGUGUUCAA